AUGGCAAAACUCACCGACGAUGCCGGCGAAACAUCUGGGAAUGUACCAGGUCGACUGUCCGAUGGUGGGAAUCAUGACAACUACUCUGGCAGACGACUUCGGACUAGGUGCGUUCUACUAAGUCCCCCUGACAACAAGAAUUAG